AUGAAGCAGCCCACCCAGCCGGGCCCGCCGCCGCCCCUGCAGGACGCCGUUCCGCCCGGCGCCUCCGCGGCCCUCAGGCACCAGGGACCCUUCCUCGGGCUCCCGUCCCACUACGCCUUUGACCCGAACCUGUACCCGCUCACCAACCCGCCGCUCUACGACCCCACCAUGUUGCCGCUCGGCCCACAGGGCGGCCCGCGCCGCCGGCGCAUCUCCAUCUCCAACGGCCAGAUCGGCCAGAUCGUCAACCACGAGGCCUUCUACCUCGACGACGACUCUUUGGACGAGUACUACGACAGCGCGGGCGGCCGGCCGCCGGCACACGCUCACGCACACGCGCCGCUCCCGCACGACGACGACGCGCCGCUCGCGCCCCGCCCGGCCUCGCACGACCACGCCGUGGGCGGCCCCCUACCGCUCCUCCAGCCGGCAAUGCUGGUCCUGGGCCCCGGCAGCCAUGCGGCGCCCGCGCCGUCGUCCGUGGCCGGUGUGCCGCCGCCCAACCAGACGCUCGUGUACAACAACGAGGUGAUUUUCAACCCGCACGACGGGCCCAUCCCCGGCACCGCGGCGUGGAAGAAGGAGCGGCUUCUCGAGCGCAACCGCUUGGCGGCCUCCAAGUGCCGCCAGCGCAAGAAAAACGCGCAGCAGCAGUUGCAGAGCAACAUGGCCAAGUUCGAGAGAGAGUUGCAGGACAAGACUGAGCGCUUGGGCCGCGCAGAAAAGCUUUUGGCCACGUACAACGCGGCGUUGCAGCAGCACUUCGCCGGCGACCCCUCGGCGCUCGACGGCUUGCGGCCCUAUGUGGCGCAGCCGCCUGACAACAUCAAGUUCGAGAGGUAG